AUGAUUUUUCAUCAACUGAGAAUCUGUUCUAUGCCCCAAUUUGUGCGAUGCAUACAUGACCUCAUGCCACUAGAGGAGGAGCCGGAUGUCGUGGUCGCAGAUCUCUGCUUUGGGGUGGUCCCCGUGAAGCUGUACCAGCCCAGGGCACCUUCCUGCACACUGAGGCCGGGCAUCGUGUUCCACCAGAGCAGCGGCAAGGUCUUUGGGAGCUUGGGUAAGAGUCCUUCCCACAGACCCCCGGCCUGCAGAGAGAGUGGCUCAGUGGUUCUAUCAACUGGACAUGGCAUGGUGCCCCAGCAGAAGUUUCCAGUGGGAGCAACAGACUGCACGGCAGCUGCCACCCAUUCCAUGCAGUCCCUGGGUAUGUACGGGGUGGACCCAGUGUGGGUCGUGGUCUGUGGUGACAGUGUGGGAGGCGGAAUAGCAGUGAUAAUUUUUCAAAGACUUCUGGACCAGCCAGAUCUUCCCAAGAUCCAGGCCCGAAUCCUGGUAAACUUCAUUUUCCAAAGCCCAUAUUUCCAGCUCCCAUCCUACCAGCAGAACACCAACGUCCUGUUGCUCAGUCUUGCCUUUGCCUUCUAUUGUUGGUGUGUUUACCUGGGCAUCAGCCCCUCCUGGAAGACCACCAUCAGGAGAGGCGCCCGUUUGCCUGCUGAAGUCUGGGAAAAGUAUGGAAAGUGGUUGGGUCCAGAAAACAUGCCCGAGAGGUUUAAGAAGAGAAGCUACCCAGUGCCCCGGGAGCCCGUGAAUGAGGCUGCCUAUCAGGAGACAAAGUUCAUCCUGGAUUUGAUGAACUCGCCCCUGAUUGCAGAAAAUGAAGUAGUGUCUCUGCUCCCCGAAGCCUGCAUGGUGAGCUGUGAAUAUGAUCUUCUCCGGGACGACUCACUGUCGUGCAAGAAGAGGCUGGGGGACCUGGGAGUCCCAGCGACUUGGCACCACGUGGAGGGUGGUGUCCACGGAGUGCUCAACAGCCUUGACGUGGGUUGCUUGUACUUCCCCUGCUCCAUGAGGAUCCUGAAUACCACAGUCCAUUUCCCAAAAGGGUUGUAGCCAUCUUUCCCUCCUGCUGGAGCUGAGGCUGGGGGCCACCCUCUUGCUCUUCAGGGGGGUUUCUGUGGCUGAUGGGGGUGAUGCUGAGCGGGGCCGGGGAGGGCGGCGAGAUUGCCAUCUGCUUCUUGCUCCAGGCUCUAGAAUCCCAGGAUGCA